UGAGGCAUCGCCAAUAGGCGGGACUUUGAGAAACUGGAUUGAGCUAAACCAUUGCAUUGRGAACCACAUAGCAGAGCACACGUGAGUUAGUACGGCUCUAGGGAUCAACAGAAAUGAGGGUAGCCUAAGCAGCAACAGCCAUCUAUUUUAACUUGGUGCUAAGUGCAGGCGGUAGUUCGUUGCACGGGCAGAAAUGUGCAUUUGGGACCUGUAGCAUCAACUCCAACGGAUCUCCUAUUUGAAACUUAUGACUUCAUUUUCCGCAUAAUUUUCUGCGUCUUUUUCCAAGGACUUGCAAGUGCAUGCAUGGGCUUUAUCAUUUGGUUUAGGGGCUACCAAAAAGGCUAUACCCUAACAGUUAGAUCAUCGGAACAGCCAGCCUACAUGGUCGGGUAAUUUUUUUAUGAAAGGUAUCCUGGCACACAGUCUGACAUUAUUGACUGGGCAGACAUUUCGUGUGAUGGGACUCUUCAAACUCUGAAGGAGUGCAUCUGAAUUGGGAAGAGAGGGUAGAGGACAAAGAACACUGGGAAACAAGAGGAAGAGAGGAGGAGGAGAAAAAUGGAGGCCAUAUCUUUAGAUCAGUCUGCGACGGUGGAUGAGCUGGUGGAGGCGUGCAUCCAAGCCUUUGAUGAGACGGGCACUUUGAAGGACCCCUCCCUAGUGCGUAUGUUUCUUAUGAUGCACCCUUGGUACCUUCCCUCCACCGACAUGGCAAAGAAACUACUGCUCAAAUCYCAGGAGGAGAGCUGCACUGCUGAGCUCAGGACAAGAAUCUGCCACUUGGUGAAGUACUGGAUCAGUGAGUUCCCAGCGGAGUUCAAUCUGAACCCAGAGCUGGCAGAGCAGAUCAAAGACCUCAAGGACCUCUUGACCACUGAGGGGAACGAGCGGCAGAGUCAGCUCAUCGACAUCGACAGUGUGCCGUCAUACAAGUGGAAGCGUCAGGUGACCCAGAGGCAGCCAUCCAUGUCUAAGAAGAGGAAGAUGUCUCUGCUGUUUGACCACCUGGACUCCAGCGAGCUGGCCACACACCUCACCUACCUGGAGUACAAGUCCUUCUGCAAGAUACUGUUCCAGGACUACCACAGCUUUGUGAUGCAUGGCUGCACGGUAGACAACCCCAUCCUGGAGCGCUUCAUCACACUCUUCAACAGUGUGUCUCAGUGGAUCCAGCUGAUGGUGCUCAGCAAGCCAACCGCCCCCCAGAGGGCUGCAGUCAUCUCCCACUUCAUCAGGGUGGCUCAGAAACUGCUCCAGCUUCAGAACUUCAACACUCUGAUGGCRGUGGUGGGGGGGCUCAGUAACAGCUCCAUAUCUCGCCUCAAAGACACCCAGUCACACAUCAGCAACGAGACCAACAAGGUGUUCAACAGCCUGAUCGAACUGGUGACAUCGUGCGGCAACUACAGCCAGUACCGACGUCGUUUCUCCGACUGCACAGGCUUCCGUUUUCCUAUCCUGGGCGUGCACCUCAAGGACCUGAUCGCCGUGCACGUGGCGCUGUCCGACUGGGCCGACCCGGGCAAGAGCAGGGUCAACCUGGCCAAGAGCCAACAGCUGUAUGUUAUCCUCCAGGAGUUGGCGCUGAUCCAGACCACGCCACCCAGRAUCGAUGCCAACACAGACCUACUUAACCUACUUACGGUGUCUCUGGACCAGUACCACACAGAAGAGGAGAUCUACCAGCUGUCUCUACAGAAAGAGCCACGCAGUGCUAAACCGGCGAACUCCGGCUCCGCCCCUGCUCCUGCCCCCAAGCCAUCGAUGAUUGACGAGUGGGCUGCGUCGGUGAAGCCCAAAGCCGACCCUGCGGUCAUCAACAAACACAUAGAGAAGAUGGUGGACUCUGUCUUCAAGAACUUUGACACGGACGGGGACGGUCACAUCUCCAGGGAGGAGUUUGAGAUCAUCAGGAACAACUUCCCCUACCUCAGCAAGUUUGGAGAACUGGACAAAAACCAAGAUGGGCAGAUCAGCCGGGAAGAGAUGAUCGACUACUUCAUGAAGGCCAGCUCUCUGCUGAACUGUAAGAUGGGCUUCAUCCACACCUUCACAGAGACCACCUACGUCAAACCCACCUUCUGUGAACACUGCGCUGGCUUUAUAUGGGGCUUCUACAAACAGGGAUACAAGUGUAAAGCGUGUGAUAAUUGUCACAAGGCGUGUCGAGGUCGUCUGGCUGUGGAGUGUCGUAAACGGACCAAGAGCAUCAGCCAUGAGCAUGCCCUCCCCUUCAGGCUCGCUCCUACAGCUUCCCCCCCCCCGGCCAACACCCCACUCAGCCUACAGAACACAGUGAUUGUAGAGGAAGAUCUCCAGGCAGUGGAGGAAGGUGUGUUUGAUGUCCAUCUAUAACCAGAUGAUAACCAAUAGGCAGGCCUGGCCUGUUAUGUCCCUUCAGAAGUCCUGCGUACUCUGGCAUUCAUACAGCCAAACACUGUCAGGAGGAAACAACAGUAGUCGGGAGCCAGAAGCCUGCUGGGGUCUGUUCAGCAGGGUACAACGUUACAUAACGCAGAUAUAAAUGUAUCAUCUAGUACAGAUAUGAUUGUCUGUCGUGUAGAAGAGGGAGUCGUUUCAGCUCUAUCCAUUCCAUUUCUAUCUGCAACAUUCAGACUGCCAUUAGGUAGAACAGAUAUGAUUGUCUGUCGUGUAGAAGAGAGAACGUUGGCCACUUUAUUCAAGGCAUGUCACUCACACACAGAGCGAGAGAGAGAGAGAGAGAUGCCGCCACAUAGUGGAAAAAUACUGCAAAUGCAUACCUUACAUUUACUCAAGAUUUCAACUCCCUCAAUUUAAGUGAAUUUGUACGAAAUGUCUUUCUGUGUUAAAUCUAUAUUUUAAAAUCUGUACGUAGGCCCAUGUUUUCAUAUCUCUUACCUAGUUUAAACACUGAAUAGAGACAAUAAAAUCACAGUGUGUUUAAUGUAAUGUUAUUACCUUCAAGUCUAAGUGGUAUGUUUUAGCUCUGCAUUUAGCUACCUGUUGUUAUUAUUAUGUCUAUAUUAAUAACCUAAACGAUGUCUCUCCAAAAUAUAAGAGGUGCUGUUAUUGCCAAGAAAGAAUGCAAAGGCUACAUGCCACCUGGACUUCCAACUGCUUUCUCUGGAAGAAAGCUUUGCUUUGUCGGAGUAGCUUGGUAUCUUGCUUCUUUGUAAACGUUAUGGGAGAAACUUUAAAACACACGGUGUGUUCGAUGUCAGAGAUGAAACGUUUCAGCUCCAGAACUACUGCUGCUUUCGUGGAUUGGGUAUCAAACCGCUAUCUAUCACAACAACAACAACUCACAUGGACUGUGGAGCGUACAUCCUGAAUUUGAAUAGCAUUUGAAUGCUGUUGUAUUUUUGUCCUCCUGUUUACCUGAAUAUCAAUGCUUUUCCUAUGGUAAUUUGACUGUGGUGUGUGUAUGCACGGUAUACUGUUGUAAUACUGUUAUGUUUCAGUGCACCGACACGGGACCUUUCCUCUCUCAGUAACUUUCUAUGUAGUUUGAAACGGUGAAUGUUACACAUUGUCCUGAGAAUUGACAUCUAUUUUAACGUCUAUUUUAAUACGAGACAUGUAAGUCUAUUGUCUUGUCAAGCAUGCUUCAAGGGGAUCCACAUUUGCCAAAAUGUCUUAAGUGUAUUUUUAAUGURGCACGUAUAUUUCUUGUUUUAAUGGCAACAUGAAAUCCUGUAGGCGAGAGACUCUCCUCAAUGUAUUAGUUUGGGGUCUGUYUCCUCUGAGGGAUAGUCCCACAAUGUUCGCUGUUUAUGUAUCUUUGAAUGAAGUACUUCCUCUGGCUUUCAUUAAUACUGUAUUGUAUAUCCUGCUUCUUUACUUAUSUCCAAAACUAAACUGCCAGCCCUACCAUGGCAGUUUCUCCUGGACAAGGGUAUAAUGUGUUACAGUAAGGGAACUAAUGCUUUAAUCUGAUGUCAUGUUGGUAACUCUGUGGACAUGUCUCUGCUGUUUCUGUGUUAAAUGCAGAAUGCAUCACUCUGCUAUUUGUUUUAAGAAAGAUGUACAACAUGAAAGGACUAAUAGCACAGCAACCCAGUGAUGCACCGUGUGUGUUUGUGACUCUUACAGAAUCCAUGCCCGCCACACAUUCCUUGUCUAAAGUUUAUAUCCAACCCACUUUCCCUACCAUCAUAUAGUUGCUUGACGUCCGGUAUUGGAAUUCUUAACCAGCCGGCCAUGCGCUCUGUUAUUACCAAAGAAACUAAGGGCUCUAUUCAAUCCGUAUUGCAGAAGUUACAGCGUGAUUGAAAUUUAAAGGCAAUGUUCCCGCGUUAGCCAAGACUGCAUUCACCUUAAACGUAGUAUGUGCCGACUCAAUCGGAAAUUAAGUUUMCAUUUCUAUCGGGCAAUCUGUAACGCUCCAGCUUCGCCCUCAUGUGGGUGCUAGCAAGCAGGCAAGGUAGUGCUAGAUACCAACAUCCAAUCAAGUCGUGUCUGGAAGCUAUAGUGAGCUUUGCUUGGACAAUAGCGUCGCGAUAGCGCAGAGUAUUUGCAUAAAGUUCAGCUUUCCCCAACUUUGGUCCUGCCUUGUUCACGCUCCCUCGCCCAUGUUCGCAUCGCCCAACAGUCCCCCCCCCCCCCCCCGCACACUUCACUUCCCUCCUUUGAAAAUGAACGGGGCUCCGUUGUUUCAUCGCCCCCCAAUUUGUUAUGUGGAAAUGCACCGUCAGUCGAUAACCUCUAUUUGUUUCCUCAGCUUCCAUCUCACACAUUGAUUCAUGCAGCUAUUUCAUCUGAUGUUAUUGUAUUGAAUAUUUCUGAAUUCUCUCAUGUGGGAUGAAUGGAGAGUUCUUCUCACCUUGCAGUC